AUGGAUACCUCCUCGGUCCCCCUGCUCGACUACAGCCUACAGUACCAGUGGUGUUCGGACUCGGACCUCUCCAGCAUCUCCUCCCCGGAGACCCUGUCCCCUGUCCCUUCCAUGGAUUCCAGCCUGUCCCCUUCGUACCAGCAGCUGCCUCGGUCGACUCCAAAGCCAACCAAGACUGGAUACUCCCAGACCCUCAAAUCUUCACCAUGCUCUUUUUCCGGGAGAGGCCGGAAAUCAGGUCGAGCCCCCCGGAUCCGGAGUAAGCAGAGGGAGAGCGCCAGUGAGAAGGAGAAGCUGAGGAUGAGGGAUCUGACUAAAGCUCUGCAUCACCUCAGAUCCUACCUCCCACCUUCUGUGGCCCCUGCAGGACAAACCCUAACCAAGAUUGAGACCCUCCGCCUCACCAUCCGCUACAUCUCCUACCUGUCAGCCCAGUUGGGACUCAGUGAGGAGGUGCUGUUUCAAAGAAGGGAGCAAGGAGACACCUCGGCCAGUGACACCUCCUCACCUGACAUCCUCAGCUACUUCCAGCACAGCUCCAUGGGAGGACAGGAGGCCCAGAGUCUGAACCUGCAGAACCAGAAUCUAAACCAGGGCCUGUACACACAACAGUGUCACAACCAGAACACCCUGCUGCAUUCUGGGAGUUGUGGUUUUGGAGCAGAUCAUUAUAUUGGAGCUUCUCAGAGGGAGAUGAGCAUGGAAUCAUUCCUGCAGACCCCUCCAGAGACACAGCCCGGCUGUCAGGUACGUCAAUAUUCACUCGUUUUCAUUAUUCAUGCAGAUAUCACACAUUUUUAUCUUUUCAAAAUAAAAGUACUAAAAACCAAUCUCAUAUAUAUCCUGUUGUUGUUUUUUUUUACAGAUGUGUGGCAAAGACUUCUGCAUGCCGCUGGUUUCCAGAGAGUACUGGGGUUAA